UAGUUUUCGUUUUGUUUGUUUGUUGCCGAUUUCGGUGUGUCACGGUGUUACAAUUUUUCAAAAAAGUGCUGUUUUUUAAGACUAAAAAAUUUAAAACCAAACCAAAACCAAAAAAAAUGAAAUACCUUCAUACAUUUUCAAUAAUGUUCGUCUGUUUAAUAGCAGCGAUCAUAAUGUUGGUACCAAAUGAUCAACAAUAUCAAGUUGAAGCAGCUAAAUUGAAGAAAAAAAUAUUGAUUCCAUUAUUGUUGGGUGUCUUAUUGGCCAGUAAAGAAAAAUUUAAACCAUUGCCAUUGCCUAUUCCGAUUCCAUUGCCAAUCAAAGAUGAAAAAGUUAUCCCAUAUCCAGAACCAUAUCAUUAUCCAGUUUACGUCGAUCAUGGUUAUGGUGGUGGUCACGGUUACGGUGGCGGCGGUGGUGGUCAUGGAGAUUAUGCUGCUUCCGGUAGUAAUCAUAUGCCACAGUAUGCAAUGCCACCACCAAUGCAUGGCGGUGGACGACCAUAUUAAACAACAACAAAAAAAA